UGAAAAUCGUUACUUCGGCAACGUUCAUGAGUCACGAAAUAUCUAUCACGAAAAGUGAAUUUUCUUUGACGUUUGAAGAAAAAUGUCAGUAAAUUAGAACGAAUUUGAAUAGCCGAUGCCUUUCCUGAAGAAAGAAUAUAAUAGAGAACCCAGAUCCAGACGUUUGGAGAAGACCAAUCACAAAAAUGGAUUGAGGCAUGCAAUAUUCAAUACGGUAGGCGACAAAUACAUCGGAGAUUGGAAUGAAGACGAAAAAAGUGGAAAAGGUAUUCUUCUCACUCGCAAUGACGAACUAUACGAGGGCGACUUCGAAAGGAACUACCGCCAUGGUUACGGCAAGCUUGCCCACAAACUGCCCAACAAGAACAUCUUCAAUUUGACGUACAAAGGUGACUGGGUGAACGGCAGAAUGCAUGGCAACGGUGUCAGGAUUUACAAGGACGGAAGUUCUUAUCGCGGGGAUUUCCGGUAUGGCAAGAGACACGGAAGGGGUCAGAUGUGGUAUGCAGAUGAAUCAUUCUACGAUGGCGAUUGGGUGAAAGAUGCCAGGCAAGGUGCCGGAUUACAAGUUUUCUCUAACGGCAACAGAUACGAAGGAGACUGGUACGAUGACAUGAAGCAUGGCAAAGGCAGACUGUACUUCUUGGACGCCGGCCUUCUGCAGAUCGGUGUGUGGUUCCAAGACUUCUGCACGUUCAGCGUCAUCCGCAACCUGCCCUUCAGACAGACAGCUGUCAAACCGACAGUUUACCCCCUCCCGGUGACCAACCUCAUCGACGAGGAGGAUAUCUUGAGGGAACAAGAGGACAAGGCGUUGAGAGGCAUCGGCGAGAGUUGCCUCUGCUUGAACGGAGGCACUGUGACUUCUUUUGGUAGUUCCGCAUAUUCCAAAUUGAGUGUGAAUUAAAAGCGUUUGUACAAGUGUAUGUAUACAUAUUAUUCAACAGUAAAGACGGUUUCGUGUAUUCCAAAAUGAGUGUU